AAAAAAAAUAAAAAUACUAAACGGCGUAAAAACAUAAUGGUAAAAUAAGAUAAUGGAUAUUCCCUAUGUUAUACAUAAUAAUGUGCAUAACUUUUGCAUAACCUUCUAGUGUAACAAAUCUUGCGCUAGAUAACAGUUUAUAAAAUUGAAAAAAAUAUCCUAAACAAAAUAAAAUCUUACUUGUGCGACACAAUUACGACAUAUUAUAAUACGAUAUAAACAGUAAAAAUAUCCACCAAACAUUUCAUAAAAAUUGCAAAAAUAGUGAAAGUAUAUUGUGCAAUAUAUGAAAUAUAUCGAAUAUAUAUAUACUUUACUGUGGUGGUUGUGAAAUAUGACUUCAUAUAACUUCUAGUUCUCAUAGCUUGUCAGAGAGAUUUACAAUGUGUGAAAUUUGUGAUUCAGAUCACAAUUUGUGAAAUUCAUUAUAUGCUUAUAUGCUCAAUGCCUCACGAAGAUAAUUAAGGAAUAUUAAAUAAAUCGUGAAAUAUAUUAAAUACAUUGUGUGUGAAGUAAUUUUCUAAUAUAGUCGCUGUUAAUCUUUCCAUUUUGAUAAAUUGCAAGAAACAUUAAAAUGGGAUCCGAACAAAGCUCUCAAAGUGGUAAUCAAGGUAAUAAUAGUGGAAGAGCGAGGACUAGUCAGCUUAGACGAGGCAAAAGUGUUCCAAAUCGCGAAAGAAUGCCAGAAGAUACCCCACCGAGAUGCACCAGUCCUGGUGCCAGUAUUUGUUCCGAUUCCGACCUUCCGUAUAUUUCUUAUACCGUGAAUCGACCUAUCGGAGAUUCGCCAAAGAUGACUAACAAGCAGUCACAACUUUAUAGAGGAAAGAGUAUCGGAGCUGGGGAGAUUUCGAGGCGAAAAAAUAGCUUAGGCACCAUGAAUCACAGACACACAAAGAUUAAUACAUCGGACAAUAAAAUUCAUAACAUUGUGGUGGUGAAGCCAGCUCAAGCAGAUCCUACAGCAGAUAAAGAUCCUGAUUUAGUGAAACUGCAGAGUAUUCCAAUGUUCCUGCCAAUUAUGCGCGGUACGUUAAAUCUACCACCAGGUGUGCGCGAUCCAGAAGUUCUAGAAAGACUUGAUCCCGUUGGCCUAUUUAACUUAUGCGCGCGUUAUCAACAUCAUCUUAAUACAAAUGCGCAGACAAUAGCUAUGGAACAAGUCAGUCUAUGCACAAAUGUAGAAGCAGAGUUUGCUAAGGCGCUCAAUUUUGCUGUUGAUCGGCAGAAAAAGUUUGCCAGAUUCGCCGAGCAAUUGAAUAAGGUACACGAACUCAGUCGCCAGCUCACCAGAUGCCAUUCGCUUCUUAAUCAAACUCUCGAGAGCCUCGAGACGCUCAAUAAUCUGUUGCCAAUAGAAGAGAGACUCGAACCUUUUGUCUGGACCACGGGUUAAAUCGGAUUCAAAUGUUGCAAUUGAAAAUUAUUAUUGCUUAUAUUUUCUUAGCAAAGAAAAUUCUAUCGAUAAUCCUCAUAAUCUUCUAACUUCAUAAAAUUACAAAUUACAUUAUAAGAAUUUUAACAUCCAAUCUCUACAUGCAAUGGACAGAAAAAUAAGAAAACCAAA